CUCUCUCUCUCUCUCUCUCUCUGCGCCUUGCCGGGGAAGAGGGGUGGCGGAGAAGCAGGAGACACGACAGCGAGGAUCCUCGCUGGCUCCGAAACCUCGUCGAAACCGAAGCGCAGACGACUCUCCCUUGACUCUCUCUCUUCCUUCCUCUCUCUCUCUCUCUCUCUCUCUCUCUAGCUUCUGCUUCUCCGAUCGCGCGCGCGGCGGCGUCGUCUCCGUGGAGUCGCGAUCCGCUCGGGCUCCUCCGCCAUGUCUUACGCUUACCUCUUCAAGUACAUCAUCAUCGGCGACACCGGAGUGGGGAAAUCGUGCCUUCUCCUUCAGUUCACGGACAAACGUUUCCAGCCCGUGCAUGACUUGACGAUUGGGGUUGAAUUCGGGGCCAGGAUGAUCACUAUCGACAACAAGCCGAUUAAGCUGCAGAUCUGGGAUACGGCAGGACAAGAAUCAUUUAGAUCUAUCACACGAUCUUACUACAGGGGGGCUGCCGGUGCAUUGCUAGUCUAUGACAUCACACGGCGAGAGACUUUUAAUCACUUGGCUAGUUGGCUGGAGGACGCAAGGCAGCAUGCAAAUGCUAACAUGACGAUUAUGCUUAUCGGUAAUAAGUGCGAUCUUGCUCACAGAAGAGCUGUAAGCACAGAGGAAGGUGAACAGUUUGCCAAAGAGCAUGGUUUGAUUUUCAUGGAAGCCUCUGCCAAAACUGCUCAAAAUGUGGAAGAAGCGUUUAUCAAGACUGCCGCGGCAAUUUACAAGAAAAUCGAGGAUGGUGCUUUGGAUGUCUCAAAUGAGUCUUAUGGAAUAAAAGUUGGAUACGGUGGAGUCCAAGGACCUCCUGGCGGCAGAGAUGGUGCACCAGCUCAAAGCGGAGGUUGUUGCAAUUAAACACGUCAAUCCGACUUGCACAUUUUAGCCUCCUUUUAACUUCAAUCUCUUAUCUUGAAGUCCUUUGAGGUCAUCUGUCAUCUGAGAGCUUGACUUGUAAAGUUGCACUAGCUCAUUUUCUAAUGUCAACUGUAAGAUAGUUGAAUUAAAUAUAAUAAACACUUCAUCCACUGUCCAUUCUGUGGCAAAUGGAUUUUUGGUAAUA